AAACGAAUCCAUUUGAUAACCACACAAAUGAUCAAGAAAGCAAAAGACUCUCUUAUGGGUCCGACUUAAGCUGGAAACAAUUCGAAAUGGCUGGACACCGAGUACUCCUGGUGAUGGUUGUGGUAUAUCCACUCAUUAAUGGAGAAUUAAAUAACAGACAAUUGGAAACGGACGGAAAUACGAGUAUAUCCACCGACAUCACAGCUGCUGCAUCCAUUGUUCCUGCACCUAUAACUAUAUCGACGAUCAACAAAACUACAAUAUCAGAAGAUGUUAGCUGGAGUACUGCAUCACCAAAGAUUCCCCAGAAAGCAGAGGCAAACCGAUCCGCAGUAACGCGAAAGAAUGUAGCUAAAAUCAAGAAACGCAGUUCAUUCUUAAUCAAGGCAGAGCAGUACAAGUACGCACAUCUGCGACAUGUGAAACGAUGCCCCAAAGUGGCAUUCACAAAUCCAAUCGAUGUACCAAAGAUAUUGGGAUUUUGGUAUGCCUACGCCACGACUCCAAUGGCCCACCCUUUAUUUCGGCUGGAAUGCAGCUCCUACGAUGCUUCUAAUUACAAUUUCACCAACAUCAUCUUGACCACGGACUAUAUUAAUUUUGCCGUACUGUUUUACUGCAUUCCCAAUAAAAAGAAAAGAAGAUUUGAUAUUACCAUACGGGUACUUACCCGCAAUUCAUCACCAACACAGUUAGUCAUUAGGACUAUAAAAGGGACUCUGACGAGAUUCCACAUAGACGUAAAUAUUCUUGUGUGGCUACAGCACAAAGCCUACUGCUUUGAAUGGUUCAUAAGGUCAAAUCACGACAGAAGACGGCACUACCGAUAUUUGGCCCCAUACAAUCGAUGGAAUGCUCAUUGAAGAUGACGACGAUAACGAUGUCGAUGACAGCAUGAAUUAAUUGCAUAACUGUCGCUAAUUGUUACAACAUAAUAAAUGGGUGGCAUGGAUCGGGGAAUGAUGUGAGGGAAAUCGUAUAACUUAAUUAGAUUUUGGGCAGGCCCACUAAAAUCAAUUACCAGCGACAGU